CUGACAUCCACUCGUCAGUCAGACACUUUUCUUUCAUUGUCAGUCAUAUGUGAGAUUUUCUUUCAAUGCCUCAAAGGAGCGGUUUUAAAGCCUUGACAACAUGCCACACGAGCAACAAUCACUGGACUGAUGCAAAUCGCAGCAGCUGCAGAGAUGAACCGCUGGGGUCCGGGAAGAGCUGGGAAUGCCACUAAAUCGUACGGAAGUGGGCCACGCGGAGGGAGAUUGAUGAUGCUGGUGUGGAUUAUCCUCUUCAGCUCGCUGUGCCUGAUGGUCGACGGGCAGAUGAAGAUCCCACCAGAAACGGUGCAGCAGUGGGCCGUGUCCUUUGGCAAAGAGAUAGCUGCUAUGUCCGCCAGGUACUCUGGAGCUAAGCUGCUACAGAAGAAAUUCAAGGACAUCGAGGGCAUGGUGAAGAUUGAGGAGGUGGACGGAGAGGAGCUGGUUAAAAAGUUUGCAGAGGAGAUGGAGGAGAUGCUUGGGAGGAAGAUGAAGUCAGUGAAGAGGUUAGCAGAAGCAGCAGAGGAUGCAGAUUUAUACCACGAGUACAAUGAAACACUGGAGUUUGAUUAUUAUAACUCCAUGAUGAUCAACACAUACGAUGAGGAGGGGAACUCAGUGCCACUGGGAGGAGAAUUCCCUCUGGAGGAAAAUGAACACUUCAAUAAACUGCCAGUCAACACACAACUGAGCAACAUACAAGUCCCCACCAACGUCUACAACCGAGAUCCAGACAUUCUCAAUGGAGCCUACAUGUCCGAGGCUCUGAAUGACGUGUUCAUCGAUAACUUCCAGAAGGAUCCGACUCUCACGUGGCAGUACUUUGGCAGCUCUACAGGCUUCUUCAGGCUGUACCCAGGGAUCAAGUGGACUCCAGAUGAAAAUGGUGUGGUCACGUUUGAUAGCAGAAACAGAAAUUGGCAUUUCAAGCUUUUGGUUGAAGAGCUUCAUGUGAAAGGAGAGGGCAAAGUGAAAUAUGCAAUGAAGGAAUCUUUUAAGAUUCUCAAUGAGGCUGCUGCACUGGGCCAAGGCAGCCUGUGUAACCAGGCCAUCAUGCUGAUUACAGAUGGAGCCAUGGAGGACUUCCAGGAUGUCUUUAAAGAGUUCAACUGGCCAGAACGGAGGGUUCGAGUGUUCACCUAUUUAAUUGGACGCGAGAUGACAUUUGCUGAAAAUGUCAAAUGGAUCGCCUGCAACAACAAGGGUUACUACACACACGUCUCCACACUGGCUGACGUGCAGGAAAACGUUAUGGAGUACCUCCAUGUUCUCAGUCGGCCUAUGGUCAUCAACCAUGAUCAUGACAUCAUAUGGACCGAGGCCUACAUGGACAGUGUGCUGUUCAAUACUCAGGCCCAAAGCCUGCUGCUGAUGACCUCAGUGGCCAUGCCUGUGUUCAGCAAGAAGCAAGAGACUUUGUCUCACGGGAUUCUGCUGGGAGUGGUGGGAACUGACGUGGCCCUAAGAGAACUGAUGAGAUUAGCUCCUAGAUACAAGUUGGGUGUCCAUGGUUACGCCUACCUCAUCACUAACAAUGGCUACAUCCUGUCUCACCCUGACCUACGGCCUUUGUAUAAGGAGGGGAAGAAGUUAAAGCCAAAACCCAACUACAACAGUGUUGAUCUGUCAGAGGUGGAGUGGGAAGACACUGAGGAGAAACUGAGGACAGCCAUGGUAAAAGGAGAAACUGGAACAUUAUCUAUAGACGUGAGAACGUCAGUGGAUAAAGGCACGAGAGUGAUGUUCUUGAAGAAUGAUUACUUUCACACCGUCCUCAAUGAGACGCCAUUUAGCUGUCACUAUCCCUGGCGGAUCGUGAUCUCUACCACUGCAGUCACUGUGACGGUGGGCAAGAAAACUGCCAUCGCUGGAGCCAUCGGUGUCCAGAUGACUCUUGAGGCGUUUGAGUCUACAUUCUGGUCCAUUACGUCACAGCCAAAUGACACAGAUUGCUCUGACGUAGAAGGGGUUUGUCCUCUUCGGUGUAACAGCUUUGAUAUCGACUGUUACCUGGUUGACAAUAAUGGCUUUGUCCUGAUUUCUAAACAACGUAAUGACGCGGGAAGGUUCUUUGGUGAGAUUGAUGGAUCAGUGAUGACCACACUUAUCAGAAUGGGCAUGUUCAAAAGGGUGUCCUUGUUCGACUACCAGGCCAUGUGUAAGAUGAACUUGCACUCUGUCAGCAGCGCUCGUCCACUUCUCAGUCCGUUCUAUGGUUUGGCUUCAGCACUCAAGUGGUUCCUGUCCAACUUCCUUCUGUUCCUCCUGGAGUUUAAUAUCUGUGGCUUCUGGCACACGGAGCAUUUUGCUGAUGCGAAGCCAUCUUUCAGCGUGUCCUCGGCUCAUAAGAAAAAAGGGGACAUCCUGCAGCCGUGUGACACCGAGUACCCCAGCUUCGUUUAUGAGCCGUCAGUCAAAGAGACCAACAGCAUUAUUAAGUGUGGACGCUGCCAGAAGAUGUUUGUGGUGCAUCAGAUACCAGACAGCAACCUCUUGAUGCUGGUGGUUCAGGCAGACUGUGACUGCUCCAGACAGUACAGUCCCAUCACCAUGGAGCCCAAGGAAGUCAAAUAUAACGCCUCAGUAAAGUGUGACAGGAUGAGGUCGCAGAAGAUUCGCAGGCGGCCUGAGUCCUGCCAUGCCUACCAUCCACAGGAGAAUGCCAACGACUGCGGGCGAGCUUCUUUCAUUUCUCUCUCAGUCUCUCUCUUCUUUAUCUGUCUUUCCUUCUCUGCAAUCGUCUCUUGACGAUGGACAACUAUUGAUGUUUCAUCCAUCAUCAUAUAAAGGAGGAGAUUGGAAUAAAUGAAGAGAUGUGUUUGAACACUGGAAACCUCAAGUGGAUUUUUUUUUUAAUGUUCUAAUCAUGGACAAUUUGCUCAUAACGUCCACAAGUCGCGUCUCUCCUGGUGGACAUUGACAUUGACGUGGUUUGUCAGCGUUUGUGGGUCACACACCAAUUUGCAUCUUCCGAUGAAAAGGGACUGAAGAGAUGCAGGUGGUGGCUGUGACGUGCUUUGAUGCAAGAGGCUUAUGAGUCACAAGAUGCAACAUAACAAAAUCCAAGGGGGGGAAAUUAUGUUUCUCAUUUCCCUUAUCACACUGAAUGGUGUGUUGCAGGCACACAUGCAUAUUAUAUAUGCGGCUGCAAGCAUGCAAACCUCCAAUAAUACACACGCAUCCAAUAUUUAUCAGCCUCAAUGCUUUAUUCAAAGACUUUGCUCUUUUAAUGAAGAGUAAUAACCACAGAGACAAGGGCUACAGAUGUAUGUGGGAGAACACUGUUGUGUCUCUGGUGGGAGUCAUGUUUUACAUGGUUGUUUACAAUAUUAAUGGACAAUGGAUAAGAUUAUGGCUCGAUGCUUUGAAAGUCAUGGUUGCAUAGAAUUUAGAUUUAUAUGAAAAUGUUAUGAAGAUAAUAAAAAUGGGGAUUGUCAGCUCCUUGGGGGUCUCUCGUUUUUGAAUUUCUAUUUCGAUUACAUCCCCAAAAUAUUUGUUUGUUUUAAAAAAAUGUCUGUCUGCCUUUCGGUCUUUAUCAGCCGUGUCUUUCUUUGUGUUUGUACAUAAACCUUUUGUAACUGUUUGUCUGGACAUGUUGAAAUCUGAACUCUUGACAGCGUGUAUGUCUACAAUCUGCAUGGUUAACACAAUUGUAGACUCAAGUUCAAAAUGUUUUCUGAUAACUUGUGUUUUGUGUGUGUGUGUUGGGGGGGUGUUAAAAAUGAACAAACAUGAUGUCAAUCUGCAUGUGUUUACCACAAGUGAUGAUUUGCACUUUUACCAAGAUAUUCAGUCUUAAGAAAUUCAAUUUCGAUUCAAUUCAACUUCCUGUAUCUGCCACUUAUUGCUGCCAAAAUAAAAUAGGAUUUCACAAAACAACUAAAAAAAAAGAAAAGGUAGCUUUCCUUCUGAGAUGCAUGGUCAUGGUUUUUAAUUUUUUUAAAUCUCAUGUUGAUUUGUAUGUAAUUUCAAUGUAAAUGAAUCAUACAGGGUAUUUUUGUACAAAUCUGCUCGUGUGUUUCAUAUUUGAAUUGUUUUGCUCAGCAUUUAAUUUUUGAAUGUCUCUGUAGUUUUUUUCUAUCAUAUUUUUUCCAUCAUCUUAUGAAGCAUGUCUUUUGAGUUGAAUUAAUUCUGUUGACAGAAUUGCCUCAGACUUUGCCUGUUUAGGUGAUAACUCAGAAACGUGUGUGUGUGUUUGUGCAUCAUUACACGUUGUUCUCUCUUGCUGGGAUUGUUACAGAAUUUUGACUCAUUUGUAAUCUUCACUGUACAAUAUUGUGUGCGGAUCUACUGAAGCCAUUGUUUGUACAAAGACAAAUAAAA